AUGAGCGCUCCCGUGCAGCAGGUGUGCGCGGCGCUUCCCGAAUACGCCGAGAUUGAGAACAGCAAUCAGGCCGCCGAAAUGCCCCCGCACCCCGCGAUGGCCAUGGGCCCCUGCCCCGGGAUGGCCAUGGGCCCCUGCCCCGGGAUGCCCAUGGCUCCGGGCCCCGGGAUGGUCAUGGGUCCCGGCCCCGGGAUGGUCAUGGCUCCCGGCCCCGGGAUGGUCAUGGGUCCCGGCCCCGGGAUGCCCAUGGCUCCGGGCCCCGGGAUGCCCAUGGCUCCGGGCCCCGGGAUGCCCAUGGCUCCGGGCCCCGGGAUGGUCAUGGCUCCCGGCCCCGGGAUGGUCAUGGGUCCCGGCCCCGGGAUGGUCAUGGCUCCCGGCCCCGGGAUGGUCAUGGCUCCCGGCCCCGGCAUGGUUAUGGCUCCGGGACCCGGGAUGGUCAUGGCUCCGGGACCCGGGAUGGUCAUGGCUCCGGGGGUGACCCUGCAACAGGUUCAUACCCGCGACUUCCUGGUCUGGUCAAUCUUCAACAUCCUCCACAUGAAUGUCUUCUGCCUCGGAUUCAUCGCGGUGGCUUUCUCAGUCAAGGCCAGAGACCGAAGGUUUGUUGGUGAUCAGAAUGGAGCCAAACACUAUGGCAACACAGCUAAACACCUCAACAUUGCAGCAACUGUUCUCACUGCCAUUGUCUAUUUAAUAUUGAUUAUUUUAGCAUUUUUUGGUGCUUUUACUGCAGCAUAUUAUGGGUAAAAUCAACCUGUGGGGGAUGGGACAAAUCAAUGCUUCCCUGUAGAUCCUGGACUCCUUGACCUUCAUGACUGCUGUCCAGUAUCGUGUGAAUGAGAGUUCAAAAUAUAGUGAUGGUGAAGAUUUAUUAUUGAGCAUUGAAGUGAGCAUGCUUCCUGUUUGUAUUUGGGCCUUGUGGCAAAGUUCAUCUCCUCAAUUGUCUCUAAUAUCAGUGCUUUAUUAUUCUGCUUCUCUCCAUAACUUGUCAGUUCCUCAUCAUCCCAGACCCUGUCAAACCCUUUGACAAUUUUUAUGGAACACCUGCCAUGGUCUUUUCAGAUGAAGACAGAUCUGAGUGAAAAGGUGCAUCUAACCAGGGGAUGUUACAAAAUUGGCCUAGUGGAGGGUUGCUGUUUAGAUCGGAAACUAUGACCAAAGGUGUGCUGCAGGGAUUGGUGCCAGAUCAUGGUCUCAUCAUUUGCUCAUCAUUUAUAUUAUUGAUUUGGAUGAGAACAUAGGCAGCAUGAUUGGUAAGUUUGCAGAUGACACCAAAUUUGGUGGUGAGGUGGACAUGAAGAAGGUUGUACAAGAAUAUAGCAGAAUCUAUUUCAACUUGGAAAGUGGGCCAAGUAGAAAGUAAUGUGGAGCAUGCACAGUGAUUAGCAGGUCCCUCGGGAGUGUGUAGAGCAGAAUGACCCUGUGGAAAGUAGUUUGAAGUAAUAGUGUCUGAAGAAGGGUCUCGACCCGAAACUUCACCUAUUCCUUUGUUCCAUGGAUGCUGCCUCACCCGCUGAGUUUCUCCAGCAUUU